GUUGGUUUGUUUACAUUCUUUUCGUUGGUCUCGUGCGCGCCCCGAUGGUUGCAAUCGGCGACGGAAUUUGUGGCUUUGCGUUAUAAAAAUGUUUCGAAUGCUUAAUUUGCGAAGUUUAGCACAAAGCAAGAACAAAGUACUCGCUCACAAAAGUGGAAUCGUGCGGGUGGACUCAACCAGCAGUGUGGUGUUCUGCCCGUUCCGAAAAGUGUCCCAUUUAUGUAACCGGGAGCGAGCGCACGAUCUACUUAUAGCACGAGGCAAUACAACGGUGAACAUCAAACGUGUUCACUCGACGACACCUUCCGCGGAAAUUGUGUCCACCGUAGGAGGCAAGAAGACGAAGCGUCGACGUUCGAAUGAAAAUAAGUUUACCGAGCUUCUAGCAGUGAAAGAUGGCGAAACCAAAGAAACGAAAGCAACGGUACAGAAGCUGAAGUCGAAAAAGCUGGCUAACUUCAUACACGAUCAGAUCGCGUUUGAGGCCUGCUCGAAAAGCGCACCCAUCGCGUCUUCCAUCACAAACACACACGAACUACCUCACACGAGUAGUAGAGCGGUAGCCGGUGGACCGGUUCUGCCCGCAGAUAUGUCACACUGGAACUUUGAGGAAACGCCGGUCAUUUACAUCGGUGGUGAAAUGAAGGAGACAGACAUAUCUCCCGACGUGCUUUCGGAAAUCAUCGAAAGCGUGCAGGUGUUGAAGGAAGUGCACCAGAACCGGGCACUGCGCGUGAGUGGCGUGCUAGCGGCACACGACGAACUAGACCCGGCGCUCGAGGAAGAGGUGGGAUUGCUAGAAUCGGAAGCGAUACUCCCGGAGGAAGCAGAACUCGCGUUCGAAGACCCGAUCGAUUUAACGAGCACAAAUCAUGGCGCGGGCAGUUCCAAGAAGACGAAGCGUGCCGGCAAACAUCCCUUGCUAGAAGGCCCAGAAAAGGGUAAAAAAUUUUGCUCAAAGUAUUACAAAACGUCGGAAAUCGAGAAUCUUGCCCGGCAGCGUAGCUUCCAGAUGACGUUGAACGCCUACCUGGACAUUUGCAUCACCACGGGGAUGGUAAAUCGAGCGUACGCCACCACGCUUAACUACCGCCACAAGCGCAAACGCCGCGAGUUUGACGUGGGGACGUACAAUCAGCUUAUUCAUGCGUACGCCGGCAAGGGAAACUUCUCACGCGUGAAGGACAUUGUCAGGGUCAUGCGAGAAGAUUCCAUUGCACCGAAUGCACAAAUGUUCGCCGGAAUACUCGAAUGCCUGGGCCGGUUGGAACCAACCGCCGAGGUGCUCAAGCAGGCGAAACAGUACGUACAGGAAGCAAGCACGGCGGGAUUUACCAUGACCGACAUUCUCAAUCAGAGUAAAUUCUCGCACGAUCAGCAAGACGCAGUGUUGUCGCUGUUCCGCCGACUAGAGCCAAACUAUGUGCCUGAAUAUCGGGCACCGAUCCUCACCUACAACAAUCAUCUGCUCGAUCCACUGAACGAGAACGUACUGCCUAUCGGAAGCAAAGUGCCGGCAGGGGAAGAAUGUCCCGGAUCGGAAAUAAUGACAUCAAAGGCGGGCUUUAGCAAGGAAGAGCUGCAGCAGAUGGCUCAGAAGCAGGUGGACCUCGAACUGAGCGGUUAUCUAACGGUAAAAAGCAUCGAAAAGUUCCCUGCACCAACCGAGCAAGUGAUGCAGUAUCGCAAAGAGCUGGAAGAGCUGAAGAAAGUGUGGUCCAAACAGAUCGCAAUGGCUUUCCAUCGCGAUUUCAACACCCUUAAGGCGGUCACGGAAACCAAAUCCUCUCGUACAAUCAAUCUGUUUCCGUACUUGAAGGCCCUGUCGGUGGCACAGUUUACAGAGGUCCUACUCGAUGAGGUGCAGAUGCUGCUGGAGGGAUCCGACACGUUUAGCUUCGUCAUAUCGCAGCUUCACCGUGAGCUCGGUCGUAAAGUCGAAUCCCGCUAUCACGUGGAACAGAAGAGGCUCAAUGGAGUGUUGGGGAAAACGUGUGAGAUUUACGACCGAUACGCGUCGGCCAUAGCUGAAGGGAAAUCGAGCGAUAAUCCGAGACAGCUGUGGCAGCGGUUGGUGCACGAAACGCGCAGCACUGGACCGAGCAUGGAUAUACAGAGCGUAGCGUGGCCCAAGGCAGCGGUGCUCGGGGUGGGCAAAUUCCUGUACAACAUCCUCAAGUGUGAUCUAAAGAUAAACGUUAAUGCAACGAACAAAUCCAACCGGAAGGUGAAGCUAGUGCCGGCUUUCUACACACUCUUCCGGUACGAGGCAAAGAUGGCGAAGGAACAAAUCAAACCGCACCCGGUGCUGAUGAAGCUGUACCGCAAAUCUCAACCGGACACGCUCAAGUUUGACGUCAAUCUAGUCCCGAUGCUUUGUCCCCCGCAGCCCUGGAGUACGCCUCGGAACGGUGGAUACAUACUGGCCGAGUCGGAUCUUAUUCGAUUGCCUCACCAGGCGCACCAGCAAACGGAGCGGAUAGACGAUGCGGACCCACAGGACAUGUAUCCCACGCUGGACGCAUUGAACCAGCUGGCUAGCAUUCCGUGGGUCGUGAACGGACAGAUACUGGAUGUGAUUGUGCAGGUGUUUAACAAUGGUGGCAAUGCGAAGCUGGAUGUCCCGGAACCACCUUCCUCGUUGCCACCCGUUGUGGAGUCGGUCCCGAGAAGUGAAAUGAGUGGGUACGAGAAGUACCAUCUGCUCCGGAAGCGGCUUUACCAUCGACGAAAGCAGGGCGAUAUGUACAGUUUGUGGUGCGAUGCACUUUAUCGGCUCUCGCUGGCCAGCUACUUUCGGGACAAAGUGUUUUGGUUGCCGCAGAACAUUGACUUCCGGGGAAGAGUUUAUCCGAUUCCGCCGCAUCUGAAUCAUCUAGGGCACGAUCUCGCCCGCUGCCUGUUGGUGUUUCACCAGAAGAAACCACUCGGACCGGACGGGUUCCGAUGGUUGAAGCUGCACUGCAUCAAUUUGACCGGCCUGAAGAAGCGCGAAUCGGUUGAGGAGAGACUGAGGUACGCGGACGAAAUUAUGGACGACAUACUGGACUCGGCCGAUCACCCGUUGACGGGACGGAUGUGGUGGAGCAACUCGGACGAACCGUGGCAAACGCUGUCGUGCUGCAUGGAGAUUGCGAAGGUGCAUCGGUGUCCGGAUCCGGAAAAGUUUGAAAGCGGAUUCCCGAUCCACCAGGACGGUUCCUGCAACGGACUGCAGCACUACGCCGCCCUCGGUCGAGACACCCCAGGUGCAAUAAGCGUUAACCUAGCCCCAGCGGACGUUCCGCAAGACGUGUACAGUGCGGUCGCCGCCUUGGUGGAAGAAAACCGAGCCAAAGAUGCCCAAAACAACGUGAAAGUAGCCGCCGUGCUGGAGGGCUUCAUCCGGCGCAAGGUGAUCAAGCAAACUGUGAUGACGACGGUGUACGGUGUGACGCGGUACGGUGCCCGGAAGCAGAUCGCCCGCCAGCUCGAGUACAUCGACGAGUUCCCGAAGGAAUGGAUUUGGCCCGCGUCGAGCUAUCUGACGGUGAAAACGUUCGAUGCGCUCAGUGAAAUGUUUACCUCGGCCAAGGAAAUACAGGACUGGUUUACGGACUGUGCGCGCCUGAUAUCGGCCGUGUGUGCCCAGAACGUGGAGUGGGUGACGCCGCUCGGAUUGCCCGUGGUGCAACCGUACAACCGAGCGGAUCGACCGGUCGCGUCCAGCAAGUCGGUACAGCUGCCGGAACACUUUGCGAUGGAUUCGUACGAAAAGCCGAACAUCAUGAAGCAGAAGAAUGCGUUUCCGCCCAACUUUGUGCACUCGCUGGAUUCGAGCCACAUGAUGCUUACGUCGCUCUACUGCGAGCGGGCCGGGCUGACGUUCAUUUCGGUGCACGACUGCUAUUGGACGCAUGCCUGCACUGUGCCAACGAUGAACAAGAUUUGUCGCGAACAGUUUGUGGCCCUGCAUUCCGAACCGAUACUGGAAGAUUUGUCCAAGUUUUUGGUGCAAAAGUACAGCUACGAUGAGAACGAAAUCAGCAACGACGGUUCGGUAAUUGAUCUCACCAAGCGCAAGCUGAACCGUAUCCUGCAGCAGUGCCCCGACAAGGGUGAUUUCGACCUACGCAAGGUGCUUGAUUCGGUGUACUUUUUCAGCUAGAAAGUUGCACCAAAUGUUCGUGGUCUAGUCCAUGCCGUCUCGAGCACUGCUGCUGCCCAGUAUUCCCGUAUGCCGCCUCGCUCGAAUGCUGCCCUGCCUGCUGCCUUACAACAGCCGCCUCCCCAAGUGAGCUGAGUUUUAUAAACCCAGAAUCGACCGUUGAACGCGCGAGCACGGUUUGCCUGUGUUGACUAUUGUCAGUGAAAGUGCUGCAAGUGAUGCGUUUUGUUUGUUUCGAAAGCGACGCCUGGCAGGUACGCUGAAGCCAUAAAAGAAGUCUUUUUUUAGGUAA